AUGGAGAAUAGAAGUCAGACGGCUGGUAAUAAUAAAAAGGAUAAGAAUAAUAGUAAUGUAAUUGCGGAAAGUUUCCAUUUAGGUCCUUCUACUGAAAUAGUCAAAAGAAACGACAACAAUUUCAAUAUGCAUUUAUACCCAUCUACUCCAAACUUCAGAUCCAAUUCAGUUUCGAAAGAUAUCAGAAAAAACAAUUCUUCGAAUUUUUUGAAAGGUAGGAAGGCAAGUACAUAUUUGAGAAUUUUUACAGAAGACCAAAAUAGUAACCAAGAUGAAACAAUAUCGGAUAAUCAAGGUGACAUUUACAACAAUAGUGAUUGUAGUAAUAAUUCCAAUAUAUCAGUUACUGGGAAUAUCCUACGGCUUGCAAAUCGAAAAUCGGUUACAAAUAUUGGAACAAAUUCAGAUAAUAAUAAACCGUUUUCAUUACCCAAAACUAUUGAAUUCAGUAAUAUGGACAAAUCAUUUGAUUCUGUUACGGAAUCACUUUCGCAUAUUGACAAGCUACGUAUCACUACUAAGUCAAAUGACAUCGGUAGUCAUAAAAUCAAACCAGUCGAUUCUAAUGGUCUAGACGACAGUUGUAACACUAUAUUUGACAGUAAUAGAAACACUGCAGCUAAAAUACCAUUAACCCCAAUAUCGUCGGCAACAUAUUAUCCACAUAAGUUACAGGAUGGAGAAGAGGAAGAAGAUGAGGAUUUUAUCGGAAAUAUUAAUGAAGAACAACAUAUAGUCGCAGUUGAUAAAAAUAGCAUAUUAAAUAAAGAUAAAAUUCAAACCAAGAAUGAAGAUGAUAAGGAUAUUUUCAAGGUCAUAUCUGAAGAUCCUAAAGAACUUCAGAUAAAGACAUAUAAUGAAACUGAUAGUAAAAUUGUUGAUUCUAAUGACAAAAUUAACAAGUCUAACACUGGCAGUGAUGUUUAUGUAAAUAAAGGCGAUAAAGAUGAAGAUGAAGAUGGCCAUGAAUAUCCAUUGGCUGUUGAAUUACAACCAUUUACUCAAACAGUUGGUGGACAUACUGCUAUCUUUAGAUUUUCGAAAAGAGCAGUGUGUAAGGCACUAGUAAACAGAGAAAAUAAGUGGUAUGAAACAAUUGAAUUAAGACAUAAAGAUUUACUGGCUUUUAUGCCUCGGUAUAUUGGCGUAUUAAACGUCAGACAGCAUUUCAGAUCCAGAGAAGAUUUUUUAAGAGAAGUCUCUAGAACUAAAGUUACAAAAAAAGGGAAAAAAAUGGAGAAGGAAAAAAAGUUUGAAAACUUAGUAAAUUCUGUUUCAAGCAACAGUGUAGCAGCGUCAAAGGGUGAAGAUAUCAGAACAGCAUUGUCUGGAACACAUGUACCUUCAAAUGUCACUAAUCAAAUGCAGCUAAGCAAAACAAUGUCCGAUAUUUCUGAGAACGCAGAAAGAUUAGAAAUGAAAUUUAAAAAACAGAAGGAACAUAAGAAACAGAGUAAAAUAUGUCAACCAAAUAUGUGGCCUGAAGUUUUAUUAGAUGAUAACAAGCAUAUAAUUCCAGAAUCAUUAUGGGACAGAUAUGCCAACUUCCCAAACCCUGCAUUAAAUCAUAAACACCAUUAUCCAUAUUCUAGACCAGCGGAUUAUGACGCCUAUAUAGCUGAUAGCUCUAAUUCAACCAAUCAACUCGCUAAAACAGACCCUAUAGACGACGAUAUGAGUAAACAAUCUUUACAGAAGAAAGUAUCCCAUAAGGCUUCAACCAGUUAUGAAUCAAACGAAGUGAGAUUCAGUUGUGACUCAGGUUCUACUUCGGUUAAUACAAAAUUACAAGAGUUAGUACUGAAAGAAGUCUUUGCACCUAAACAGUUGAGGAGAAAUAAAAGUCAGCCUAAUGUAAUGCACAACAUGACAUCAGAUAUAUCAUCAGCAGCCUUGAAAUUAACUGAUGAAUCUACAACCAGUGUACCUAGAGACACUGAUCAAGCUUGUAAUAUAAAUCAGAAUUCAGUUUCAGCUCUUGGUGACCAACGAACAGGAGUAAAGGAAACUUUAUCUAACACUUCAAAUGCAGAUGUUGAGUUUAGUAACAAUAGCCCGUUACUUAAUAAAGUUGAUCAAAGUUGCAUUUCGACUAAUGUUGGAUCUCCACAUUCAGUUAUGGAUUUAGAACAGUUAUAUAAAAAGGAAACUGCAAGAGUUAAUUUCAAAAACGAAAAGAAUGCAUCGAUAAAACUAGCACUAUUAACGUCACAUGAUUCUCAUGAAAAUGUUUCAGUGGUUAAUAAGGACAAGAUUACAUUGUCUACUUUAACUGAUAAAGCAAAUGACAGUGACAUUAGUGACCCGAACAUCUCAGCUACUUUGGUGAUACAGGAAAAUACUGAGCAUAAAGUUAGUAAUGACUGCUUAGGGAGCAAGUCUAAAUACAACAGUAUGAUAGAUGAAACCGAAAAUAUUUCAUUCGAAGAAAAUUCGGGUACAAUUGUUUCUAAAUUUAUAUUAUUAGAAGAUUUAACAAGAAAUAUGAAGAAGCCAUGUGCGCUAGACUUGAAGAUGGGAACUAGACAAUAUGGUGUGGAUGCAACUAUUUCAAAGCAGCUGUCUCAAACUAAAAAGUGUUUAAAUACUACAUCACGUAAAUUAGGUGUGCGUAUUUGUGGCUUAAAAAUCUGGGAUAAAGAUUAUUACAUUUGUAGAGAUAAAUAUUUUGGAAGAAGAGUGAAAAUAGGAUGGCAAUUUGCUAGAACUAUCGCUAGAUUUUUCUACAAUGGUUCUCAAAAUUCUAGUAUCUUAAUGCAAAUUCCCAACAUCAUCUCACAAUUAGAUGAAUUAUUAGUUGUUUUAAAGAAGCUAGUUGGAUAUAGAUUAUACGGAGCUUCAAUAUUAUUGUUAUACGAUGGUGUUCAAAAAGAUUUAAUUAAAAAUAAAUGUAAAGUUAAAUUGAUAGAUUUUGCAAGAGGUGUAACUAAAGAUGAUAUUGACGAAGGAUUGGAAAAAUUUUGCAUUCCACCAAGAUCACCUGGAACAGAGGAUCGUGGGUUCAUUAGAGGUGUCAAAAGUUUAAAAUUUUACUUAAAUUUGAUCUGGAAUUACCUAACAAAUGAUGCUCAAAUGGUCUUUGGAGAGGAAGAAUUGUAUAAUCACGUUUUUAACAACCCUGAUCCAGUAUUGAGGGAACGAUAUUUUAGUAAUUGGGAUUGGUUAGAUGAUUUUGAUAAAGAAAAUGAGAAUGAAGCUAACGAUUCCUCCAGUGCAUUAAGACAAACAUGGAGAAAAUAUGAAUUGAUUUUCGAUGUUGAACCAAUAUAUGAUGACGACGAAAACGUUAGUGAUUGA